ACCUCUGCACCUUGCCCAGUCUCCGGGGGUCGCUCCCGCUGUUCCCAGUCAUGGCUGCUGACGACUCUCCGGCUGAUCAGAUCUACUUCCGGCUCAGGACCGGCUGUGCGAAAUCACGUGACCUCCCGGGACCGGAAACAGCGCUGUCAGACCACGUGGGGGAUGUUUAUACCCGAGUAACCUGGAGGUCGGAAUAAUAAUAAUAAUAAUAAUAACCUGUAUCUAUAUAUUACCCUGGAUUAUCACCAUGUGUUACUGCCAGUCACUGUAUAAUAAUAAUAAUAAUAACCUGUAUCUGUAUAUCACCCUAUAUUAUCACCAUGUGUUACUGUCAGUCACUGUAUAAUGAUAAUAAUAACCUGUAUCUGUAUAUUACCCUGUAUUAUCACCAUGUGUUACUGCCAGUCACUGUAUAAUAAUAAUAAUAACCUGUAUCUAUAUAUUACCCUGUAUUAUCACCAUGUGUUACUGUCAGUCACUGUAUAAUAAUAAUAACCUGUAUCUAUAUAUCACCCUGUAUUAUCACCAUGUGUUACUGUCAGUCACUGUAUAAUAAUAAUAAUAAUAAUAACCUGUAUCUAUAUAUUACCCUGUAUUAUCACCAUGUGUUACUGUCAGUCACUGUAUAAUAAUAAUAAUAAUAACCUGUAUCUGUAUAUUACCCUGUAUUAUCACCAUGUGUUACUGCCAGUCAUUGUAUAAUAAUAAUAAUAAUAAUAAUAACCUGUAUCUAUAUAUUACCCUGUAUUAUCACCAUGUGUUACUGCCAGUCACUGUAUAAUAAUAAUAAUAACCUGUAUCUAUAUAUCACCCUGUAUUAUCACCAUGUGUUACUGUCAGUCACUGUAUAAUAAUAAUAAUAAUAACCUGUAUCUGUAUAUUACCCUGUAUUAUCACCAUGUGUUACUGUCAGUCACUGUAUAAUAAUAAUAAUAAUAAUAAUAACCUGUAUCUAUAUAUUACCCUGUAUUAUCACCAUGUGUUACUGUCAGUCACUGUAUAAUAAUAAUAACCUGUAUCUAUAUAUCACCCUGUAUUAUCACCAUGUGUUACUGUCAGUCACUGUAUAAUAAUAAUAAUAACCUGUAUCUAUACAUUACCCUGUAUUAUCACCAUGUGUUACUGUCAGUCACUGUAUAAUAAUAAUAAUAAUAAUAAUAACCUGUAUCUAUAUAUCACCCUGUAUUAUCACCAUGUGUUACUGCCAGUCACUGUUGUAUAAUAAUAAUAAUAACCUGUAUCUAUAUAUUACCCUUUAUUAUCACCAUGUGUUACUGCCAGUCACUGUAUAAUAAUAAUAACAACCUGUAUCUAUAUAUUACCCUGUAUUAUCACCAUGUGUUACUGCCAGUCAUUGUAUAAUAAUAAUAAUAAUAAUAACCUGUAUCUAUAUAUUACCCUGUAUUAUCACCAUGUGUUACUGUCAGUCACUGUAUAAUAAUAAUAACCUGUAUCUAUAUAUUACCCUGGAUUAUCACCAUGUGUUACUGCCAGUCACUGUAUAAUAAUAAUAAUAAUAACCUGUAUCUGUAUAUCACCCUAUAUUAUCACCAUGUGUUACUGUCAGUCACUGUAUAAUGAUAAUAAUAACCUGUAUCUGUAUAUUACCCUGUAUUAUCACCAUGUGUUACUGCCAGUCACUGUAUAAUAAUAAUAAUAACCUGUAUCUAUAUAUUACCCUGUAUUAUCACCAUGUGUUACUGUCAGUCACUGUAUAAUAAUAAUAACCUGUAUCUAUAUAUCACCCUGUAUUAUCACCAUGUGUUACUGUCAGUCACUGUAUAAUAAUAAUAAUAAUAAUAACCUGUAUCUAUAUAUUACCCUGUAUUAUCACCAUGUGUUACUGUCAGUCACUGUAUAAUAAUAAUAAUAAUAACCUGUAUCUGUAUAUUACCCUGUAUUAUCACCAUGUGUUACUGCCAGUCACUGUAUAAUAAUAAUAACAACCUGUAUCUAUAUAUUACCCUGUAUUAUCACCAUGUGUUACUGCCAGUCAUUGUAUAAUAAUAAUAAUAAUAACCUGUAUCUAUAUAUCACCCUGUAUUAUCACCAUGUGUUACUGCCAGUCAUUGUAUAAUAAUAAUAAUAAUAACCUGUAUCUAUAUAUCACCCUGUAUUAUCACCAUGUGUUACUGUCAGUCACUGUAUAAUAAUAAUAAUAAUAACCUGUAUCUAUAUAUUACCCUGUAUUAUCACCAUGUGUUACUGUCAGUCACUGUAUAAUAAUAAUAAUAACCUGUAUCUGUAUAUUACCCUGUAUUAUCACCAUGUGUUACUGCCAGUCACUGUAUAAUAAUAAUAACCUGUAUCUAUAUAUUACCCUGUAUUAUCACCAUGUGUUACUGCUAGUCACUGUAUAAUAAUAAUAAUAAUAAUAACCUGUAUCUGUAUAUUACCCUGUAUUAUCACCAUGUGUUACUGCCAGUCACUGUAUAAUAAUAAUAAUAACCUGUAUCUGUAUAUCACCCUGUAUUAUCACCAUGUGUUACUGCCAGUCACUGUAUAAUAAUAACCUGUAUCUAUAUAUUACCCUGUAUUAUCACCAAGUGUUACUGUCAGUCACUGUAUUAUAAUAAUAAUAAUAAUAAUAACCUGUAUCUGUAUAUCACCCUGUAUUAUCACCAUGUGUUACUGUCAGUCACUGUAUAAUAAUAAUAAUAAUAAUAAUAAUAAUAACCUGUAUCUGUAUAUUACCCUGUAUUAUCACCAUGUGUUACUGAUGUUGCUCUUAGUUGGUAUCCUCAGUCAGUCAAUGUACAUAUAGUAAUCUGUGUGUCUGUAUUUUUAGGUUUGCGCUCUCCAUUAAAGACCCCAUGUAUGAUUAACCCCUGGUAUUGCUAUCAUGGCCUUCCCUACCCCGAAACCUAAACCCCCUGAACUACCCCGGGUGCUGAGGCGCAGACUGGACUGUAACCAGGGAGCUGUGCGUGCAGUAAGGUUCAAUGGUGAGUGUACAAGAGCUUGCAAUCUACAGGGUCAAUACAGGGCUUGCACACUUCUGUCUUUACACAUUGAACUUAGCCAGACUGAUUUGCUGGGCUUAUGCCACCUUUCAGACAGUGUGGCAGUGCAGGAAAGAAAAUGAUCCCUACAAUGUCAAAUCAUUUUGAAAGUAGACAGCCCAGAGUAUUCCAAAUGGCAUAAUUUGAGUCGUUUGGUCUAGCCACUUUAUCACAAAUGCUGGCCCUAUUUAGUGGUUUAUGUUUUCUUUUGUGUUUUUUCACACACAUGAAUUUUAUUUUCACAGGAGAUUUCAUAAUCCUGAUAUGAGUUAGUGCAAUAAAGCCUCUCCAUUUGUAUUUCACAUUGUCUCACAAAUAUACCAGUAGCCCCAUGUACUGGUUUUUCAAUAAGUCACAGGGCCAAAUAUAUUAGAUGCCCUUUACAACUUGUAAAUAUGUCAAAGUGCUUAUCUGGGCAUAUGUCACCUUUGAGAGAACAUGGCAUUCUAAGAAUGAAAAUUGCCCCCAUAAUGGCAUGUCAUUUUCACAAGUAUUCUAAAUGUAGUAUGUUGAGUUGUUUGGUGUAGCCACUUUAUUAAGGAUGGACUCAGGCUCGACAAAGUGUUGCCCCAGCAACACUAAACCACGCGCUAGGGAGCAGAGCAAGGACCUCAGAGAAAGCCAAUUUACACUAGCUCUCCAAAAGGUACGGAGGCUGGGUGGAUUUAAAUUAAAAUGAUUUUAUUUUUAAAUUAUAAUUUCCGAGUUUGUGUGUCUAACACACACACACAAACUCUCACUCACUCACACUCUCUCUCUGUCUAUAUGUGUCUGUCUGUCAGUGAGUGUGUCUGUUUAGGUGACAAGCCCACCUUUGAUCACCUGGGAAAGGGGAUUUGACUCCCACCUUUUUUCUUACACCAUGCGGGUUUUGCCUCCAUGGCUGAGAUAAUAAAUCUUGAUGAUCUCAGGCAAUCCAAUGCUUCCCAGUAGGAAAGCAUUGGAAGGUAUUGUGCAUACACCAAUUGGCAUCUCCUCAUAGAGAUUUAAUGAAUCAAGGCAUCUCUAAGAGGAACAUUCAGCACCUCUAUGCAGAGCAUGGAGAUGCCAAACGCAGGUGCAACAUUUGACUAAGAAGCACCUCAAGUGGCUAUCUUAGUAAAGGCCGCUAGAGAUGUUACUAAGCAGUAAUGUAAACAUUGCCUUUUCUAUGAAAAAGUUUUCACGUCAGUUGCUAGCACGCUGUUGACAGAUGUAAAACAGAUUUGACAUUAGGUAGUUCAGAUAAAACAUCCAGGCUUUCGAAGUCAUGUGUGCUGGAAGUGCAUCCAGCCCUGGCACAAAAUGAGAAAAUAUUUAUUUAUUUAUAUAAUAUUUUACCAGGAAGGAUACAUGGAGAUUUCUCUCAUUUUCAAGUAUGUUCUGGGCAUGUGCUGUGUUUAACAGAAACAGUCCACAUUCAGAUUCCUACCACCAUGACCACUUCAAAUCUCUGAAGUGGUCAUAGUAGGCACUGCAGACUGCUGAAAUGUGUAAAGAGUUUGUCCUCUCUUUUUCAUUUUACUAAAAGUGCAGAUUUCAAAAUAAAUUGGGACCUUUAUGACUAAACCUUGUUACGCCCCCUAGCUUUCAAUCAGACAACCAUUCCUGUUACUUCCUGGUUUGGUUAGGUCAGUGGAGCUAAAUUCAAGAGGCAGCAAUUACGCGGAGCUCCUGCCUUCCAAAGACUUCUCAUUGAGCUGCAUUGGGAAGUCUGUGAUUGGACAGACAUAGAAAGUCUGGGCUUCGCUAAAAGGGAAAGAACUUGCAAAAGCUGCAGACAAGAGAUCUGCAGCAUUUGCAAGCUGUUUUUAGCUAUACCCCUAUUAAAAAAAAAUGUAUAGAUGUUUUAAUUGGGGGUGUAUCUACCAAACUAUUUUAUUUUUAUUUUUUUUGUAUUUGGGCAUUGUUGAGUGUCACUUUUAAAAUGUUGCUGAUUUUGAUAGAGACAGCAGUAUCCUUGGACACUGUGAUCGCUGCUGGUAUGUCCUAAUGUAACCACCUGUGCCCCCUCAUGGUAGCGCUGUUCCCCAGUGAAAUUCUGGCUCAUGUGCCAGCAGAGAGGCCUCCGCGAUCCCAAUGUGACGUGUGCCAUUGGUCAGCCAUCCACACUUUAGUGAAUAAUACUGUAUGUGUUUAAAAAGUAAUUGCAGCAGAACAAGGUCCAAAUAGAAGAACCUGGCAUGUUUCGCUCCCCCUGGCGAUUCCUCGCUUAUUGUCUCUUUCAGCUGACGGUAAUUACUGCAUGACAUGCGGCAGUGACAAAUCCCUGAAGCUCUGGAAUCCUCACAAGGGGACAAUGCUGAAAAGCUACAAUGGCCAUGGAUACGAGGUCUUGGAUGCGGCUGGGUGAGUAUGUCUAUAUUGACAUAAAUAUACAAAGGUUUAUUCACUUAUUUUUGACAUAUCACAUCAGUUAUCACCAAUCACGUGCUUGCUGUCUGUGUUGUGCAAAUAUUACAAGAUAUAGCUUUUACAGUAUAUGCCAUCAAAGUCUAUAUAACACCACCAGCCCUUGUUAAUUUCUUGUUAAUCUCACUAUUUAUCUGUGGAGUUCUGUAGUUGGAAGCUGCAAAUAUUCUCUCUUUCUGAAACGCACUGUGCGAUCUGAUAGAAACUGAAAAAUAGAGGUGUAGGAAAUACCUCGAGAGUUGGAAAGCGGUUUUAUAUUAUUACUAUAGUCACCUGAACAACUUUAGCUUAAUGAAGCAGUUUUGGUGUAUAGAACAUGCCCCUGCAGCCUCUCUGCUCAAUCCUCUGCCAUUUAGGAGUUAAAUCCCUUUGUUUAUGAACCCUAGUCACACCUCCCUGCAUGUGACUUGCACAGCCUUCCAUAAACACUUCCUGUAAAGAGAGCCCUAUUUAGGCUUUCUUUAUUGCAAGUUCUGUUUAAUUAAGAUUUUCUUAUCCCCUGCUAUGUUAAUAGCUUGCUAGACCCUGCAAGAGCCUCCUGUAUGUGAUUAAAGUUCAAUUUAGAGAUUGAGAUACAAUUAUUUAAGGUAAAUUACAUCUGUUUGAAAGUGAAACCAGUUUUUUUUUCAUGCAGGCUCUGUCAAUCAUAGCCAGGGGAGGUGUGGCUAGGGCUGCAUAAACAGAAACAAAGUGAUUUAACCCCUAAAUGACAGUGAAUUGAGCAGUGAAAUUGCAGGGAAUGAGCUAUACACUAAAACUGCUUUAUUUAGCUAAAGUAAUUUAGGUGACUAUAGUGUUCCUUUAAUAUGAACUGUUUGCUGCCAUCUUCUGGUGAGAGUUUAUAAAUUCAUUUUGGGCUAUUCAGCUCCCAUUCAGGAUAAAUCACUUUUUAUCUUUUAAAGUGUCGCUGUCACCUGAAAAUGAACUUCCAUAAAUCAGUUUAAAUGAUAAUGCUGAUGAGAUCAAGAUCAUGUGAUGUCAGCAGCCAAUCAGAGCCUGCAAUUCACAGCUUUUCAGUGCGCAUUAAACAGGAAGUGUUUUUUUUUAAUUCUAUGAUGACAUUCUGUUGCCAAUAUGCCCAAAGUUAGAUGUUUAGAAUAUUGGUCAAAAAAAAUAAAAACAAAAUCAUCACAAAGAAAAGACACAGUUUUUGACUUACUGUAGGGUGGUGCAAAGACUUUGAAGGAAGAACCAUCUUCUUAAAUCAAAUCUUAGACAGUUAUUUACAGCUAGAUUGAAAUAUAAUGGAAUUGCAUCAAAUUUGUAAAACCAGAUGUUAAGGUGUGAUCCCUGGAGUUUAGUAAAUAAUCCGUCUAGAGAAAUAGUCUCAAAAUGCCAUCUCAAAGGGGCCCCUCUAAAGAUGUUCAUGCUGUCUGCAGCCAUCUUUCCUGGUUUAACCGUGAUAGUUACAGCAUAGAGGUGUAUGUCCAAAUUCCCUAGACAGCCUCUGUAACCCAAAUUGUUGGUGGCCUUGAUCAGGUCCUAACUUAAUGUGUUUAAGAAGGAUGGCUUGGGGAAUGUGCUUAAGAAGGAUGGGGAUUAGUUUUGACCAUCGCAGGCAAUAAUCUCCAACGAGUGUUCGCCAAUACAGUGGAGAAUGUGUGUGUGUGAGAGUAUGGAUCUGUGGGUAAGAGCAAAUCUGGGAAUAUACAUCAGUAACCCCUGUAGCAGAAGACAACUUGGCCAUUGUGGAAAUUACCUUAAGCCAGCUUUUGAGACCCUGGUCUUUGAAUCUUAAUUGUGACUAGUGACCUAAAGCAAUUACGAUUUGCCACUGACUGUGUCCAUGUGAUAUCUGCAUGGUAUGUAUACAUUGUAUUUCUUUAGCCAAUCUAUGUACACAAGGUAUAUUUCAGAUAAGGUGGAGACUUUCUCUCCAUUGAACUGAUAAAUUAUAAAACCUUUAAGCUUACCUACUUGUAACACACUAUUCUGCUAAGGCAAUCUGGCUACACGAGGAGAAGUUAACAAGCUACUUCACCCUUGCUAGAAGAGACCUCCAUGCGGGACUAGAAAGAAGCAUUCUACUCCGCAUUUGUUGCUGCAUGUGAGCAGUUUUGGCAACGCAUAUGCAAACAUGAACCCCAACUUACCUUAAUUGCGGUUGAGUCAGAUCCAGGCAGUGUUUUGGUCACUGCUUUCUCUCUAGGCCAGGGGUUCAACCUGUUCAAAUUGCAAAAAACAUCUGGAGUAUCUUCAGGGGACCUUGACCCUGUCACUUGGCGUGGAGAGGUCAGUGGAAGAUAUGUGCCUGUUCCUGUAACAGUCUCGGCCUGGAGGAAUGGAGUAUGAUGGAACUAUUGGGCCGAAACCAACAGCCCUCUCUGCAGCAAUGGCUUUCUAUGCCUGUAGAGUGAGAUCCUUGGCACUUUGACUGGCCCACAAAGAGACCAUGGCAGGCUGUAUUCUCACUCGCUGAAGGCCAUGGGGCAGAUGGGCUGCGUUCUACCAACAAGAUGAUAUCACUGCUUCAUGUGAAGAUCUGGUGCAAGGGGGCUGCCUCUGUUUUAUUCUGUUCUAUUAAGCAAUAUUAUACUAUUUCUUUAUAUUUCCACAUUAUUGCCCGUUCCACUGGUUUAUAUUUGCGUGAUCCAGUUAUAGUGCUGUUCAUAUAAACGAAUUACUUUCGUCUGAUCUAGCUAUUACACAUUGUGUUAAUUCUCUCUCUACUAUUUAAACAAACAAGUAUGUAGUUGUGUAGCUCUUUUGAAAGUCAUAAUUAGCAUCCUUCUGCUAUAUUUAUCUUGAGCAAGGGAGCUUUUCUUAAUAUUUCUUGUCUUCAUUUACAAACCUUAGUCUGUAUGUAAUCUAAUCACGACAAUAAAAAAUUCUAAAACCUCACAGUUCUGCAAGUUCAGUUACAAAAUGGCAUCUCGCGGGAGUGUUAUCUUUGCAGUGAGAGAUAAAAAAGGUGUUGGUGUUUUCAUGUUAUUUGACACGAAUGGCUAACUUUGUAUACAUGAUUCUCAGACAGAAUUUUGGUAAUUAUAUAUUUCAAACAUCUGCAGCAUUUUGUAACGGCUAUAGAAAACAUUAAGUAACAAUGCUUCAAGUUAAAAAUGACUAUAACCAACUGAUUUUUACUUGUGUAGUCAAUUGUUUUUGUUUCCAAUAAUGAAAGCAAAUCACCCGUAUGAUAACAAUUUACCCCACUGAAUGCCAUGUCAUGGCUAUUUAAAUAUGGCGCCUUAUUCUCCCGCAGGUCAUGUGAUAACAGUCAGCUGUGUUCCUGCAGCUCAGACAAGACUGUCAUUUUGUGGGAUGUGGCUCAGGGGCAAGUGAUAAGGAAAUUUCGAGGACAUGCAGGGGUAAGCACGUUCACAACCCUUUUCUGUCUAUCAUUAUUUACUUGUGCAAUUCAUACUACACUAACAGCCAUCCCUUUUGCAGAAAGUGAACUGCGUGCAGUUUAAUGAGGAAUCCACAGUAAUAAUAUCAGGUAAUGAUCACCCUGGAUUCUUUAAUAACAGAUCAGACCUCAAAAUCUGGUCCUCGAAUAUACCUGUAAUCAAUAAUUCUGAAAGAAUACUUUGAAUUUGAUUUGUGAUAAGUUUAUUUUUAAUUUUUAUUACAUGUUACUGGCCAUUAAUUGUUACUCUUGCGCUCUAGGCUCUAUUGAUUCUUCUAUAAGGUGCUGGGACUGUCGUUCACGUAGACCAGAUGCGAUUCAAAUUAUGGAUGAAGCAAAAGAUGGAAUUUCCAGCAUUAAAGUAUCUGACCAUGAAAUCCUAUCAGGGUUUGUUUAACUUCAUAGUAAGAGGGGCAGACUCCAUGCCCCAUAGCUCCCUCCUGUCUGUGUCACUCUGUGCUGGUAGGGACAGACUCCAUGUCCCAUAGCUCCCUCCUGUCUGUGUCACCCUGUGCUGGGAGGGACAGACUCCAUGUCCCAUAGCUUCCUCCUGUCUGUGUCACUCUGUGCUGGUAGGGACAGACUCCAUGUCCCAUAGCUCCCUCCUGUCUGUGUCACCCUGUGCUGGGAGGGACAGUCUCCAUGUCCCAUAGCUCCCUCCUGUCUGUGUCACCCUGUGCUGGGAGGGACAGACUCCAUAUCCCAUACCUCCCUCAUGUCUGUGUAACCCUGCACUGGGAGAGACAGACUCCAUGUCCCAUAGCUCUCUCCUGUGUAUGUCACCCUGUGCUGGGAGGAACAGACUCCAUGUCCCAUAGCUGCCUUCUGUCUGUGUCACCCUGUGCUGGGAGGGACAGACUCCAUGUCUGCAUAGCUCCCUCCUGUCUGUGUCACCCUGUGCUGGGAGGGACAGACUCCAUGUCCCAUAGCUCUCUCCUGUCUAUGUCACCCUGUGCUGGGAGGAACAGACUCCAUGUCCCAUACCUCCCUCAUGUCUGUGUCACCCUGUGCUGGGAGGGACAGACUCCAUGUCCCAUAGCUCUCUCCUGUCUGUGUCACCCUGUGCUGGGAGGGACAGACUCCAUGUCCCAUAGCUGCCUUCUGUCUAUGUCACCCUGUGCUGGGAAGAACAGACUUCAUGUCCCAUACCUCCCUCAUGUCUGUGUCACCCUGUGCUGGGAGGGACAGACUCCAUGUCUGCAUAGCUCCCUCCUGUCUAUGUCACCCUGUGCUGGGAGGGACAGACUCCAUGUCCCAUACCUCCCUCAUGUCUGUGUAACCCUGCCCUGGGAGAGACAGACUCCAUGUCCCAUACCUCCCUCAUGUCUGUGUAACCCUGCGCUGGGAGAGACAGACUCCAUGUCCCAUAGCUCUCUUCUGUCUGUGUCACCCUGUUCUGGGAGGGACAGACUCCAUGUCCCAUACCUCCCUCAUGUCUGUGUAACCCUGCACUGGGAGAGACAGACUCCAUGUCCCAUAGCUCUCUCCUGUGUAUGUCACCCUGUGCUGGGAGGAACAGACUCCAUGUCCCAUAGCUGCCUUCUGUCUGUGUCACCCUGUGCUGGGAGGGACAGACUCCAUGUCUGCAUAGCUCCCUCCUGUCUGUGUCACCCUGUGCUGGGAGGGACAGACUCCAUGUCCCAUAGCUCUCUCCUGUCUAUGUCACCCUGUGCUGGGAGGAACAGACUCCAUGUCCCAUACCUCCCUCAUGUCUGUGUCACCCUGUGCUGGGAGGGACAGACUCCAUGUCCCAUAGCUCUCUCCUGUCUGUGUCACCCUGUGCUGGGAGGGACAGACUCCAUGUCCCAUAGCUGCCUUCUGUCUUUGUCACCCUGUGCUGUGAAGAACAGACUUCAUGUCCCAUACCUCCCUCAUGUCUGUGUCACCCUGUGCUGGGAGGGACAGACUCCAUGUCUGCAUAGCUCCCUCCUGUCUAUGUCACCCUGUGCUGGGAGGGACAGACUCCAUGUCCCAUACCUCCCUCAUGUCUGUGUAACCCUGCUCUGGGAGAGACAGACUCCAUGUCCCAUAGCUCUCUUCUGUCUGUGUCACCCUGUUCUGGGAUGGACAGACUCCAUGUCCCAUAGCUGCCUUCUGUCUGUGUCACCCUGCGCUGGGAGAGACAGACUCCAUGUCCCAUAGCUCUCUCCUGUCUGUGUCACCCUGUGCUGGGAGGAACAGACUCCAUGUCCCAUACCUCCCUCAUGUCUGUGCCACCCUGCGCUGGGAGAGACAGACUCCAUGUCUGCAUAGCUCCCUCCUGUCUAUGUCAUCCUGUGCUGGGAGGGACAGACUCCAUGUCCCAUACCUACCUCAUGUCUGUGUAACCCUGCGCUGGGAGAGACAGACUCCAUGUCCCAUAGCUCUCUCCUGUCUGUGUCACCCUGUGCUGGGAGGGACAGACUCCAUGUCUGCAUUGCUCCCUCCUGUCUGUGUCACCCUGUGCUUGGAGGGGCAGACUCCAUGACUCACAGCUCCCUCCUGAAUCUGUCAACAUGAGGGGUCAGGACAGACAUAUUCCAAGUCCUAUGGCUUCUUUCACCAUGUGUUUUUCCACAGACAUGAAUGCCAGUAUCUCUUUCUUUAGGUCUGUAGAUGGGCACCUACGUUGCUAUGACCUCCGGAAAGGGGAGAUGUGUGCAGAUUAUGUUGGCAGUAAGUCCUUGUUAGUGCAGAUUAAUUAACUUGUCUCCAUGGUGCAGGAGAACAGUCAGAUGGUCUCACAUCAAUGUCUGUGUUUUUGUGUAUUGGAGCAUUAAAACAUCUCUCUAAUGAGUUCAUUAAGAUCCUGACCAAUGAAACUGUGUUUUAUAUGGAUCACAACAGAAAGUGGUACCUAGCAGGGAUACUCGCAAGUAUUAUAUAAUGUAGUAAGUUCAUUACAAUAUGUUGAUACUUUCCAUAAUUAUACACUGCAACAUGUUUAUUAUCAGUGUAUUAUAUACUGUGACAUAUACAAUGUUGGAGUUCAUUAUUAACAUAUAGAUGUUCUGCUACAUUAUGCAAGGGGGGUGGGGGGGGCAGUAGACCAGCAGAGACUGCAAACAUUCAGGGAACACAUUCAGAGAUAUCUCUAUGCAUGAUUAUUUGAAAUCAUUAAAAUAUUCUACAUGGGCGGCAAUAGGGAUAGGUCAAAUGUAUCAGAGCAUUGAUUCUUUGCAGACAAACAAAUAGAGUGCUUCUAUGAAUAUGCCAUGUGUUAUAGCAGAUAUUGAUCUAUACAGAGUCAGGGGCUUUCAUUGAGAGAACGUUAGAGUGACUGCACGGAUUGUACCCUGUGUCACUGUUUGCUGUCUGUCCCUGUGCAGGUCCCAUCACGUGUGUAAGCUUCAGCCAGGACGCACAGUGUCUCUUGGCAUCGUCCUUAGACUCGGCUCUGCGCCUUCUGGAUAAAGACACGGGGGAACUACUGGGAGAGUAAGUGAUGCAAACUGAGCGAUUGACAAAUGAUAGCGUUACCCAAACAUGCGUAUUUUAAUUUCAGUGCUACCACAAUGUGUGAACAGUCCUGCUCCAUGCCAUACAAGUUGUUUCCAUUUAAAACAUUACCAGAAUUCUGAAUCCAGUAAAAAUACAAACUCACGGCAGCCCCAAAAUGCAAAAGAUGGGGGGAAAAAAACCAAACAAACAAAAACUCUCAUUGUUGCUUACGGUACUGGUGUGACUUUAUUAUGAGUUAAUCGUGACAUUUACGAUGGGAGGUUUUUUUUUUCUUGUCUAUUUUUGACAACUGUGAUUUUUGUAUUUUCCACUGGAUUAGAAAUACGUUUUAUUUUUCCCCCUAAAUGGAAGACGUUUCUUUUUAAAAAAAAUUUAGCAGAGAAAGGGUUGUUUUUUUUUUUUUUAUAUGUAUGUAUUCAUUUAUUUAUUUUGCAAUGUUCCGCGCAAGUUAACUAGGAGUAGCCAAACGGUAGACUUCCAGUUGAUGUAUAAAAGCUGUGAUCCAUUACCAUUAGGACUCUUUGGUAUAAUGUUCAUUAUGUAAAAGGUGUCUUUGGGGCAUCUGUAAUGAAGUGUACUUCGUUUCCACAGUGAAAGCAUUAAAAAUCCAUAGUGAAAGAGUAAACCACAUUUCAGACUAGAUGGGACGAGUGGUUCUUAUCUGCCGUCACAUUCUAUGUUUCUAUAAGCCAUUCUGUGUUGAUGAUUUAAAUGUGAUCUGGUCACACACACAAAGCGCAUUCGGCUCCGCUGGCGGCGGAGGAGGAGAGGUCACCAGCGCCGAGGGAGCCCGGCGCUGGAAAAAGUUAAGUUGCUGAAGGGGUUUUAACCCCUUCAGCCCAGCAGGAGGGGGACCCUGAGGGUGGGGGCACCCUCAGGGCCCUAUAGUGUCAGGAAAACCGCUUAGUUUUCCUGACACUAUAGUGAUCCUUUAAAGAGUGCCAUAUAGCUCUUGCUUUUGACCCGUUUGCCCAACAUUUCAUUCUGUGAACGUUUUGCAGUUUUGUUAGGAUUUACCAGGUUUAAUCACAAAAGUUUUAAUGGUUGGGGAUUUAAAGGGAGUUUCAAAUUCAAAGCCAUAGUGAUGAACACUAUGUAAACUGCAUUCUAAUGGCACUUAGAGAAAGGGUGAGUCCUUUAAAAUCUUGCUGUAUUGAAAAAGGAAUAAAAUUAUGAUUACUGUUUCCAGGUGAUUCUCUUUCUGAUAUUCCUCCUUAAACUGAAUUAGAGACGAGUGGUGUUGAAAAUGUAACUCCACAAAUGACCACAUGGGGGCGUAUAUUAAAAGGAAACAUGAAUCUGAUAGUGACCCCUAAUUCAUGCAUUAUGCAUUUAUUAUUUUUUACAAAGAGCAUUUAUGCUUUUUUUUUAUUUUUUAUUGAGAGUGUCACAAAUAUAAUGCAUUUAGAAAUAUUUAAAACUAUGCAAAGCUGACCAUUGCUCCAAUCGGAUGCAUUUCUGGAGAGCUCAAUAUAUUUUCUUGGAUUUUAUUUUUCAAUAUGUGGCAUAAUUUCACAUAAAAUCUACUGUCACUCCAAGAAAUCUGUCUUAUGUCGUGGAGUCUGUAGCCUAACCUUUCAGACUCUGCAAUGUAAACGGUGCCUUUACAAAGAAAAGGCAGUGUUUAUAUUGCUGGACAGUACCACAUCUAGGUGCAGUCAUGCAAACAGCCCGUAGAGGCACUGUGUAUAGAUACGCUGAGCGCUUCCCAUAGACGAUAAUUCAAUAUAUCUCUAUAAAGAGACGCUGAUUGGCACAAUGCUGCUUUUGAUGUGCAUUAGCUUUCCAAUAGGAAGGCGUUGGAAUGUUUGGAGUCAUCAAUAUUGAUAAAAGCCAUGGUGGCGUGGCCAGCCGCUGCGACAAGAGAGCGGCGAUUGAGAAAAGGUAAGUUGAAAACCUGUAGUACAGUCAAAAAGUACUAUCAUCUUAUGGUUUUCUGACCGGUAAGCACUUGUCCGUAUGGCUGACUGCGAGUGCACCGAGACCCCUGCUUAUCGGAAUACUUAUACUUUACAACGUAGGUAGCUAACAGUACCCUCUAUCUAGAGGUGCCCUUAGGUUGAGGGAGCUCCUCUACAGAGAGAUCCCCCUUUUCAUUUUUGGUUGCCCCAUUAUAUACAUAGGGACUUGUUUCCCUCCCUCUUAGCCAUUAGCUCGGCUUAGCCCAGACACCUUUGCACCAGGGGUGGGUAAGUGCCCAGCACUCUGGCUCCCGCUGUGUCACUGUUGUCUCCAACCAGGUCCUCUAUCAGGUCUGGAUCCAGAGUCAGGGAUUAGGCACCAUGUUUCUGUUACACACAACAAACAGCAAACUUGGCUACGUGUAGCUUCGCCAUCAACUGCUCAAAUAUAUAUCGAACAUAUAGCAAAGAAAUAUGAACAUUUAGGAUUCCCAUUUCAUAGAAAAGGGCUAAAAUUGGGUCAUUAUGUUGUGUCGUUCAGAAAUUCAGUACGCUGCAAAGAAUGAGUGAGAAUCCACAUUGCAUUUUAAUUUGUGCAUCCGUUAAAAUUUUUCUUAGUUUUUUAUUCUUUAAAGAAAAACGGUUAUUUUCUACAUUUUAGCACAGCGUAAAAUAAAAAUAAAAGUCUAUUGUAGUGUAUUUUAUUUUGAUUUACAUGCUUUGACAUGCAAAAUGAGCAAAAUAGCAAACUCUUACAGUGCAGCACUGCUGGCAAAAAUACCAGUUACAAACGUGCUCAUAUUGCAAUUCUGUGUAAUGCCCAAGGCCAUGUCGGACAGUAACGUCCUAACACAAAAGUACAGCAGAUGGGAUAUUUCAUUUUAUAUAUUUUUUUAAUUCUUUAUUUUUGCUGUGCAGGAAGAACAAACGCCUACUAUGCCACAACAGCAGGAGUAAACUCUGUAAUCACAUUUAGAAACAUAGGCAUGGCGUAAGAAAUAAGAGCACGUUUUUUAAAGUAGUCAAAGCAGCUGGGGAUAUUUUAUUUUUAACCCAGAAAAGGUUAAAUUCGAGUUUCCUGGGAUGAGGAAACAGGGAAGCGUCACUUCUCUGGAAGUGAAAUUUAAUUACUAUCUAUUAUAUUAGAAAAAUAACUUUAAAAAAAUUAAAAUAAACUGUUUCGUGCAGUUUAUUGUUGUGUCUCCUACCAGGGACUUGUCAAAUAACUAUUUCUAUACUAUAUAAUAUUUAACUGUCAUCUAUAAAUGAUGUGGAACCUCCAUGUCUAUAGACUUUACAGGUAUGUCAAUAGAAUAGCUAAAAGGCAGACAAGGACAAAACAAUGCAUAGCUGAAUACGUUCAUAAUGUACAGGGUGACACCAAGUAUGUCAUUAAAAGUGAACCUUGACUAAUCAUUCUAGAAUUAUGGGUAAAUUCAGAUUAUAUUGUGCCACACUAACACUUUGCCCGUCAACCAUCAUUCUCUUAUAUGCCACUCCAGUCCAGCGCCCACUAUAUUUUUAUAUAAAGCUUGGUCCUGAUGUUCAAACCAUUUUUUUUUUUUUUUUUUUUAACAAGAAAACGAGAGAUAGAGGUUUAUCAAGAGAAGGCCUCUUGGCCACCCGCUGUCAGACUCAAUCCCUAGAAUUAUGUUUCGCAAACACCAGCUGAGAGUCUGCAUUAUGACACGCAAGUUUUCUUACACAAUUAGACAUGUUAACCUGUGUUUGAUAUAAAUGAAUUGAUGGUUUGGAGACCACAAACCGUUGGAUUUGGGCCUGUAUUUCAUCAUUAGGGUGUAAUGGGAAUUUGUAUGAUCUGUCAUAAUGUCCUGUACGAAAAAGGGCUGAUGCAUUGAAUGAGAAUGAGCACAUACUGUCUGUUACAAGAGGAGUUAUGUAAUAUCUGUGAAAUAUUCAAUUGGCAGGUGUCUUGUAAGACAGUUUAUCAAUGGGAGAGUGUUCUUUCCAGGGGUAGGCAACCUUCGGUACUCCAAAUGUUGUUGACUAUGUCUCCCCUGAUCCUUUGCCAGCAUUAUGACUAUAAGAGCAUUAUGGGGGAUGUAGUCCACAACAUCUAGAGUGCUGAAUGUUGAGUUCCAUAGCUGACCCUGUGUCUCUUAGAAUAUAAACUCUUUGAGCCUAUAGCAAAAGGGUAUGCAACCUUCAGCACUCCAGAUGUUGUGGACUACAUGUCCCAUAAUGCCUAUACAGCUAUAAUGCUGGCAAAGCAUCAAGGGAGAUGUAGUCCACAACAUCUGGAGUGCUGAGGUAGCCUAUUCCUGCUGUAGAACAUCUGCUAUCACUCAGGAUGGUAAAAUCGUUUUACCUUGUCAGGACUUUCAUUUAAGCCGUAGACCCAUACUUUCUGUGAAAACUGAACAUUCUAAAUGAAUUUACAAUUUUAGAAGAAAAUAGAGGAAUUUUGUUUUUGGUGUAAAAUUUUAAACUUUCAGGGUUUUUUGCUAAAGUGGUAAUUUCAGAUUUAAAGGAUAACUGUACUGGAAUGAUUUCAUUUUUCUCCCAGCUGUCAGUCAGUGCCUCGGCAGACACUGAAGGCGGAGGCAUUGACUGACAAUGGAGAGCAAAAAAGAGGUCCUUCUGCUCUCCUAAGCAUAGCAACCACAGCGCAUGUUUGCUGUUGCUAUGGAAACUCCCUAGCCAGCACAAGACAUGACAUCAUUCCAUUCUGAUACGGGCAUCGAAGUAAGUAUGCCGACAAGGUGCGUCCCAAGCAGGGCAAAUCAAAAAAGAGUAAGAGAAUAUAAGGUGGUUCUUUUUUUUUUUACCCCCCAGGAAGCACCUCUAGUAGCCAUCUGAUGAGUGGAUACUGGUAGUGUCCCUAGGCUGCAAUGUAAACACUGCUUUUUCUCUGAACAGUGUGCUGCAAAAUGCGUGAAGGGAAUGUUUCUACUCACCAGAACAAAUACUAUAAGCUGUAGUUGUUCUGGUGACUAUAGUGUCCCUUUAAAUUAAUUUUAGAGCUCGACAUAGUCUGCUAUAAACCGUGUGCCUAUGUGGGACUGCUCACUGACUCAGUCCCAGAGACAUGACUAGUAUGAUAAUUCUUCCCAUCGUAUGUAUAGGACUUCAAUGAACUGUUUGCUAAUGAUAAUUCCACCCAUCGUGUGUUUAUAUUUCAAUGUUCUGGUUUCUUGAUAGAUACAAAGGGCAUCAGAACCAGAGCUAUAAACUGGACAGUUGUCUCAGUGAGAAAGAUACCCACGUUGUGAGCUGCUCGGAGGAUGGCACAGUAUGUUUCUGGGACCUGGUCGAGGUAAGGAUUGGACAGAUCUGAGGAUGGAUUAACUGCUGUGUAACAUAAUGUAAAAAUGUCUUCAUCCUCUAUCACAGGGCUGCAGUGACCUGAUGGAAUAUUAUUUUGUCCCAGACACCAAAGUACUAAUUCCAGCUAAAUAAAAUAUGGUUCUAUUCCAUAUUCUUGUGCCUAAUCAUGUUUAAGCAUCCGCUUUUUUUAUGGCAUUAAUAUAUUUACCCCAUUUCUCUAUUUUAGCAGUGAUCAUGUUGCUUUUCAAAUUUAAAAAAGUUCUGUUAAACAGUAAGUUAUUAAAGCAAUUUGGUCACCCUGUGGUGAGAUGAACAAACUAUGUACCAUAGCUUCCUCCUGCCUGUCGUUCUUAUUGAGUCUUUAUCUUUACCCCUCUUGCUUUUUAACAGAACUUUGUUUUUUUAUUGAUGCUCGAUCUUGUUGGCAAACGAGAUGUGACCAAAAAAAAAAAAUGCUAAUCUGUUUCUUUACUCUUUUGAAAAAUGUAUAUGACUAGAUAAAUUUAAAUAUGACCUAAUAGAUAGGCUUGAGAAAUACUGUAUUGGGAUGUAUGGAACUUGCUUAGUUAAGUUUUGUUUCUCCCUUCCUGCAGGGGUCACUAGUUCUCAAGCUCCCUGUCUGUAAAGGAGUUGUUCAAUCUCUCUCAUUUCAUCCUACGGAACCGUGUCUGCUGACGGCAAGCGAGGGUGGAUUCCAGGUCUGGAGCGGAGAAUCACAUGAAGACGCCAGUAGCAGCAGAGAAUGCUCAAACACUGUUUAAUUACAUGUUUAUUUAGUUGAACUUUAUUGCCAACAAAGUGUGUUUGUUUUUUUUAUCCAUUAGCAAAAUAAAAUACAUCCUAUUUUGGAAAUUUCUGCAAUGUUUCUUGCAGAUCCUUUCAUCCACCUUCGGCCAAGCAUCUGUCCCAUUCCACCCACUGGCUCCAUACACAAAAACAUCACAACUUAAAUAACCGACAAAACAGGGAAAUGGACAAAUACAUCUUUUACAAGGAACGAGAGGCAUGGAGCAAUUGGAAGGUAUAGCUAUAUAUACACUUUGUUUAUAUACAUAUCUGUAUGCUGGAGAGUUAUGAUAUAUUCUACAAUCAAAAUCUUUAUCCACACUGUACACGCUGACUGUUAGUCUUCAGCAGAGUGUACCACAGGGUUCCGGUGAGCAGCUGGGGAUUCUAGCACGGGCAGAAAACAGUAAGGCUCACUUUUUUAUUAGAGAAGCAGGAGGAUUAGUUCCAAUCGGUCUUUGCCUCUUCAUGCAACCACACUUCCCACCUCCCACAAGGGUGUGAGCUCAGUCCUGUUCCACUUUCUUAGAGGAGAAAUCAGAGUGUUUCUGAGCAAAGGUCUGUGCCACUAAAAGAGGAAAUACCAAAGUGGCGUCCGCAUAAACCUGCAG